UGUGGAUAUGAAGAGAAACCUGCAGCAUCUUGUAUAAAUGAGCUGGAAACUGCAUUAUCUACGUACAAAUCGAUUUCUGCUGAUGCUCCUGGCCAAAUAAUUUGGUCUGUGGCUGAAAAUUAUCGUUUUGAACCCGCCUUAAUUGAGGGCAAGAAGCUAAUUGCUGACAUUGGCAAAAUGAUGAGUGUCCAAGUUAUUGUAGAAGGAUCAAUGAACAGUUCAAACCCAUACUUUUCAAGUUCUUGGAGACGCAGUUUUACUGGAGGCUUUAUUCUCGAUAUGGGUGUGCAUUUCAUUGCGGGGUUAAGAAUGCUUGUUGGGUGUGAGGUAGUUUCAGUUUCAGCUAUGACAUCGCAUGUGGAUUUGAUCUUACCACCACCAGAUAAUUUAUCAUCUAUCUUUCAUUUGGAGAAUGGAUGCUCAGGAGUAUUUGUAAUGGUUGUCUCCUCCAGAUCCCCCAAGAUCUUGUGGCGAGUUGUUGGCACAAAUGGAACCCUUCAAAUUGAGCGAGGAUUCCAAGGACAACACGGAUACCUGGUUUCAUUAUAUGAUGCUAAUGGACAAUGCAAAAGCUCAUUUUUCCCAUUCAGUGGAGUAACUGAAGAAUUAAAAGCUUUUUUUAAUGAUGUUUCUGAAAACACCCUCAAGAAGGGUAGUCAGUUUGUACCCGAGCACCGCCUCUCUUUUGUCGAGGGUGCGAGAGACGUUGCUCUUUUAGAGGCAAUGCUUGAAUCUGGAUCAAGGCAGAGAGAUCCACGUGAUUGGAUGAAGUUAUAG